AUGGUGAGGGACGAUUUGUACGUAUCAGUGCCUAGUUAUUUUAGGUGCCCGAUUUCUCUUGAUGUGAUGAAAUCCCCUGUCAGUCUGUGCACGGGUGUGACGUAUGACCGAACCAGCAUCCAGCGAUGGUUGGAUGGUGGUAACAACACCUGCCCCGCCACCAUGCAGGUGCUUCAGACAAAGGAACUUGUCCCCAACCAUACUCUACAACGUCUUAUCAAGAUCUGGACUGAGUCUGACUCGGUCCAAACUCGGCCUCUAAACGUACAGCCACCACAUCAACCCAGCUCAGUGUCGCUCACUGAAGACCAGGUUCGUCAACUCAUCAACCAACUUGAAAAUGAGCUUCAGAAGAUUGAUAAGGAUUCUAGUUUCCAAGUCCAUACAAUCCCAUCCAGAAUUUCGAGGCUGAUUUUAUUCGCAAAGGAAGUGGAAGACAAUGGCAAGUUCUUAGCCUCAGCCGGCGCUAGGCUUUUACCAUUGCUUAUUGCAGCUCUUGGCAAUAAAAAAUUGGUGAAAGAUCUUGAGGUUUUGGAGAAAUUUGUUCAGUUUUGUAAUAUAAUCUUACAACAGCCAGUAAAAACUGAUUCGGUAGAAGGACGAUCAAAUUCCCCUUCGACUACGAAAAUUGAUAUUGGGAAAGAUUUCAAAUCUUCAAUGAUUAUGGGACUUUCACAAGGGAGAUCAGGGUUAAGAAUCGCAAUUGCCAAACUUCUCGAAAUCACAUCCAAUUUGUAUUUGGAAGUGAAGAAUUUGAUAUCAGAAGAUGAUGAAAUAUACUCAGAAUUACUAAGAUUAAUAUCCACUUUGGAUUGCAAUCCAGAUGCCAUGGAUUCUUCACUGUCUUGUUUAAUCUCUCUAGCAUUGGCAAAGAGAAACCGGGCUAAAAUCGUGCGCAAUGGCGGCAUAGGAGUGUUGGCAAAAGCUCUAUCUGAAUCAGAAUUGAGCGUUCCACUGACAGAAAAAGUGCUUAAACUCGUUGAAAUGGUGUCGACUUGUAAAGAAGGGAGAGUGGAGAUUUGUAGGAAUGAAAUUUGUGUAGAGGAAAUCGUGAAGAAGGUUUUGAAAGUGUCGAAUGUGGCAACUGAGCACGCAGUGACAAUAUUGUGGAGUUUGUGUUGCUUGUUUGGGGAUAAAAAGGCACAAGAAUGUGUGACAAAGAGCAAUGGAAUGACCAAGAUUUUGGUGCUUAUGCAGAGCAAUUGUUCGUUAGCAGUUAGGCAUAUGUCGAGUGAUUUGCUUAAGAUUUUCCGAUACAAAUCCAAAUCUUGUUUUCUUUCUUGUUACGAUACUAAGACUACUCAUAUCAUGCCAUUUUGA